AUGUCAAUCAUCACAUCAACAAGACCCGCCCACUCAUCAAAAGUUACAUUAAUUUUUAUCUGGGUUAGUGUGACCUCGAUACAUAAUAAUAUCAGUGGGGGCGAAUCAUUGAUACUGUGCUACCAAUGCGAAAGUUGUUUCAUCCCAACUAAUUAUGAUGUCUGCCCUGUCGGCAAAGGAAAAUGUCUGUUUGAACACACGGUCUAUGAAGAUAACAGGAGAGAGACAGUGAGGAGAGGAUGUGUGUCGGAGACGUUUUUGAACCACUGCGAUGAGAUGUUGGAGGAUGGGAUGAAGACGUUCACCUGCAGAGAUUUCAAAUCAACGGUAUCCGGGGACAUACAUUUUGUGACCCCACCUCACAUUGCAGAGAAUACCAAUUUACUUAAUUUUAGUAUCAUCAGUGAUGUUCCUAGCAAUACAGAGGUUACCGUUCUAAAAAGCAGUACUGCAACAACUUCUACUACUACUACUACUACUACUACCAAUAAUAAUAAUAAUAAAAAACCUGAAUCAAAUGUCACGAAUCUCAUUUGGCGAGUUUUCAAGUACGACAAAUCUACUAAAGGCACGUCACAACAACAACAACAAUAA